AUGCUGAUGUUCUACCUGGUCAACUGGCCCGAUCGCGACAUUCAACGAUAUUCGUGGCAGGUGAUCAGCCAGACAAUUUCGAUUUUCUGCGCUGUUCUGCUGUUCCAAGGCUGUAAUGGUCUUGUGGAGGAGCAUUUCAUCAAAGGCAGUACGCCUCCGAUGGAGGUCGCUGUGGACAUGGGUCAGAUGCUCUUCUGGCUCACCUGCAUGCAGAUUGUUUUGGCGAUCACCAGCGGUGCCCUGAGCGAGUUCUUUGGUGCCGAGAACAACAUGGAAAAGGUUGAGCUGAACGUCAAGAGCUGGUCCGUGUUGUUUUCACACGUUGCUGGCUUUGCGACGAUCAACGCGUGGGGAUCAAUCCAGCAGGAGUACCUGAACGGCUCAGCUUUGCAAGCGCUACUGAUCGUCCCUGUUGGUUACUUCGGCUUGCUUAUCAUAUACCAUUUCUUCGACGUUGUCCGCGAGCAGAUUUCACAUAUGGAUGAUGGAGAAAAGGACGAAUAUGAGAUGAAGUGGGACGAGGAGACCGAGGAAGCUGAGAACGAUGUCGCUGGUUUGAGCCUUUCCUUCCUCACUGUGCAGGCGCUACGCUAUGGCAUUAGUGGCAUACUGCCCAAUCAAGAGGGCAUUGAAAGCUGGUCCGAUGCCAUUUCGCACUCGUCAAGGCAAUGUCACAUUCUGAUGGGCUGCGGCGUGGUCUUCUUCAUGCUUUCGCUAUCGGUGGUAAAUGCAGAACGCUUGUUGGAGGAGACCUCGCAGCGGAUGGAAAGGGUUAUCGAGAUCCUGAACAAUUAUUUCACCUUUGGUCUAUCAUGGUGCCUCUUCUAUGGGGUUCGAUGGGGAAUCUCAGCUACGCAGUUCACAGAUGAGAAUGCUCUCCUGAUGGUGUCCAUCGCGCUCUUCCUGUCCGUGGUCUCGUUUCUCAUGAUUUUCGUUCUGGACAAGGUCGAGGACAACCACCUGUUUGGCGAGGACUCUGAGAUUGCUGAAGGGGCAACAGAGAAGAUGAUUUCAGGGUUGGGCAUCCUCAUUGGAUUCUCUUGGGAGCAGAGCUUCGACACCGCCGUUGACGUGGUGGCAAUUGGCCUGAAGCAUGACUGCCCGCCCCUGAUUUCCAAGAUGGUCAUGUCCGUCAUCUUAGUGUUGAUUGUGUUCCCAGCAUGGCGUGUGUACAUUCUUCCGAUGGAAAGGGAGCUUUGUGAGGAGACGACUGAAGAGGGCGCGCAGAAGGCCCUGCUGAAGCGGUAUGCGCAGCAGCAUUUUGAGUUGUUCGUCCAGCACGCCACGAGCGAGGAUGACCUAGACAGAGCACAUUUGCUCAUGAAGAGACACAGGAGGAAUGCUCAUGGUCUCCCACACCCAGGCCAUGGUAUUCCUGGAGGCUUGAAGCACCUUAUGGUGACAUCUUCAGGAAUACAAGAGGUAGAUGCGCCAGAAGAACAUGAUAAGAACGCUCGAGACUAA